AUGUACCCCCUCGACUUUCGCUCCUUGGACCGGGCUACGGCACAGCUCAUCACAGUCUGUGAAGCUCUGUAUAAUGCAGGCAACGAGCAGGCCGAGGAGCAACCCGUCUUGCCAACCACCAGUCAACAAGAGCAGCUCAACAGCUCAGUGCAUGUCAUUCGACCGACUCCACUUCGACCUGCACUUGGCACAGCGAGCGAAGACCCUCUGGAUCUGUCGGCUCAGGGUCGCCAGACGGUCAUCCACAAUGGCAGCCAGUCUCUCAACGCAGCUAAUCCCACAGAGACUGUUCUGCCACUUUGCACAGAGGGAAACUUAAAGGCGGAGUGGAUAGCGCUGAAGCUUGCGGCGACGGCAGGCAGCAACAGAAUGUCUUAUCCGAGAGAAUUCAAGCUCAUGGUCAUCGAAUACUAUCACAACAAUGGCCAGAAUAAGUACCGCACAUGCAAAGAGUUCCAAAUCACAAAAUCUAUGCUGAAUGGAUGGCUGUCAAAGAUAGAGAAGAUCCGUGAGUCAAGACCCGGUUCACUGAAGUCCGGCCGAAGCGGACGACGCCCACAGUUUCCUGACAUUGAGAAGCAGCUAUUCUCAUUGUACUGCCAGCGACUCGAAACUGGUAGUAAAGUUGGGAAUCGAUGGUUGCGUGAGCGAGCUCGGGAACUUGCGGGAGAUGCCAACACAGCGUGCCAAUUUUCGGAACGUUGGCUGAGUAAUUUCAAGAAGCGCUUCCACAUCAACGUUCAACGGGAAAGCGACUCCAUAGUCGACUCUCAGUCAACCAAUUCGACAUCCAGCGACAGGCAAACAUUAUCGGAUACCGAGACUGAGGGAUUCGUUGAGCAUAUUGAAACUGACAACGGGAUUCAUCAAGACGUUGUAGCUGAGAUUGUCAACCAGCCAGGACAGCUACCUAUUCAGGCGUUCUACGAGAAGUUUCCUUGGCUCUGCAAGAAAGGAGCGCAGGUCGAACCGGGCAGGAGAGGCCGUAAAGUACAGUUUCCAGAUGUGGAACGAGUGCUUUAUGAACGCCUUGUAGAGAGGCAAAAAAGUGGCGAACGCGUCUCAAAUCGUUGGCUGCAAGAUCAGGCUCGCGAUCUAGCCACGGAGCUGUGCCCAGGAAUUCUCGAAGAAGCAGUGAAAUCAUCGCGGUGUCUGUUUUCGGAGCACUGGCUCCACAACUUCAAGAAACGCUACGGGAUUAGUCUCAAAUACAAAAGUGCCACAGUCGAGCCAGAUCCGGAAAGUGCGAGCACAUCGGCGCAGGUUUCGCCAAUUCCUUCAGCCGACACCAUGGACGCUAACCUGACCGUUCUUCAUCUACACAACUGGUUUAUGAACCAAUGCUAUGCACCCCUUUGGUCGUCGGCUAACUCACGACCCUACACAUUUUCAUGA